AAGUAAAACGAUUCUGCUAUCUGGUAGCUUAGCCCGAAUGUGCCUGCAAAUAUGUGACAAAUGUGGGCUUAACCAAAUUUCGGACACAUUUUCAACUUUAACUGUCAUCAUCUGCAAACCAUGGCGGGCUGUCGGUUUCUGUCGGACGUGAACAUCUUGGUCCAAAAGGAUUGUUGCUGUUUCUGCUGCUCUUGUUGUUAUUGUAGCUAGCGCUAGCGCUAGCUAAUUAGCUAGCAGUGCUGUCUUCGCUCUCAGCGUAACCGAUGUUGAUUCAUUCCUGCGGGGCAGUAAACCGCAAAAACAAGGUAACUCUGGAGCAAGUUCCAGGCAUCGACAACAGACCGUAGCCAUGUUUAUGUCACGCUUCUUAAUUAGUUAGAUAAUUGGUCUUAGCCAGCAGUUUAGGCAAGAUUGAAGCGCACGGUAUGCUAACGUUAUUUGACAAGUGAAAUUAAACAUCUAAGUUGCAUCUGCAUGCUUCCACGACAGAUAAUUACAAUGAUGUUACUAACUAAGGUCAGCUAUCACACCUAUCGCUGUCAGCAGGUAUUGCUGUCUGCAAGUUUUGAGAUGGAGCAGCAGAUAACAGCCAGUGAGAUGCUUCUUCACAGCACAUCUGUCUGAGUUGUAACGCUUGUGAAGAAAAACAUGUCUUGCAAAGCCGCAACCAAGGACAAGAAGUCGAGCUUUAGCAAGAAGCUGUUCAGGCGAGGCUCUGUGCGCUCGGUUGGCAGUUUUAUGAGCAGAGUCCUGAGGACACUGACAGCGUUAUCACACUUUGGAUCUGAGGUACAAACAGAAGAUGACAAAGAUGAUGGAGGGUUUUCCACUUUUAAAUCUGGGUGCAAAGAUGUGCCCAUGGAUGAUGGGGACCUCGCUGGAUUUCUGUCAGGAGAGAGAAUUCCCGGAGUGUCGGGUCUCAAAAACCACGGGAAUACCUGUUUCAUGAAUGCAAUUCUGCAGUGUCUGAGCAACACUGAGCUCUUUGCUGAGUACCUCGUUUUGGAGCACCACAAAGGCGAGGAGCUGGAUGAGGACAAACCAAAGACAAAUGGCGUACUUCUGCAAAAGAAAGGUUGUCUGGCAAAAGGAGAAGUCACAGAGCAGCUGUCAGGACUUGUGCGGGCUUUAUGGACGUUUGAGUAUACCCCGCAGCAUAGCAGGGAUUUUAAGAAUGCUGUGUCGAAAAAUGCCACCCAGUUUAAAGGGAACGCUCAGCACGAUGCUCAGGAGUUUCUCCUGUGGUUGUUGGACAGAGUGCAUGAGGACAUCAACGCUGGAAACCCCAACAUCAGGCCUGCUAUAAAGCCACCCAUUGAAGAAGACGACCAGAGCCUAGAGGGGCCAUCUCCUCCCCUCUCUGCUGGGUCGUUUGUACAAGAACUGUUUCAGGCUCAGUACAGGUCUUCUCUCACUUGCCCACAUUGCCAAAAGCAAAGCAAUACGUUUGAUCCCUUCCUCUGCAUCUCCCUACCAAUCCCAUUGCCACACACACGGCCCCUGUAUGUGACAGUGGUGUACCAGGGAAAGUACUCUCACUGUAUGAGGAUCGGGGUGGCUGUUCCCCUCAACAGCACCGUUUAUCGCCUCAGAGAUGCAGUAUCACGUGAGACCAAGAUCCCGAUGGACCAGUUUGUUUUGACUGAAAUGUACUAUGACGGUUUUCAUCGUUCAUUUUGCGAUGACGACGAUGAUCUUGACAUCAUUCAAGAGAGCGAUUCCAUAUUUGCCUUUGAGACACCAGAGACCUUCAAACUGGAAAACAUACGCACAAAAAGAGGAAGUCUUCUGGCAAACCUGAAUCAUAACAACUUGAAGUAUGGGACAGAAAUCAGCAGGACUCCAUCUUUCAUGCAAGGGGCCAUGACUCCUUUAACUGCAUCCCCCAAUAAAAACCUGGGACCAGAAAAAGUAAUACUUCUGGUGUGUAACAGGGCUUGUACCGGCCACCAAGGAAAGAGGUUCGGACUGCCUUUUGUACUGUACAUGGAGCGCACUGUGACCUGGGAUGCUCUACAGAAAGAGAUCCUCGAGAAAAUGCGUCAUCUUUUGAGGCCAGGGGCCUACAUUCAGGUUGGACCUUUCAGUCUUCGGGUGGUUGGCGUUGUUGGUAUCACCUACCUCCUGCCUCAAGACGAGCGACCACUGUGUCAUCCAACUGUGGAAAGGGCAUACAAGUCCUGUGGACAAGGGGGGCCACCACAUGUGAAGAUUGUGGUAGAGUGGGACAAAGAGACAAAGGACUAUCUGUUCGGACACACUGAGGAGGAGUACAUUCCUGAUGCUGAGAGUGUGUAUCUGCACAGGGAACAACAUCAUCAGCCGCAGGCCUGCACCCUCGCUCAGUGCUUUCAGCUCUACACUAAGGAGGAGCAGCUGGCCCCAGACGAUGCCUGGCGCUGCCCCCACUGCAAGCAGCUGCAGCAGGGCCGUAUUAAGCUCAGCCUGUGGACGCUGCCGGAUGUGCUCAUACUCCAUCUCAAGAGGUUCAGACAGGAGGGGGACCGGAGGGUGAAGAUGCAGAACAUGGUGAGGUUCCCACUGAUGGGUAUGGACAUGGCUCCUCAUGUGGUUAAAAGAAGCCAAAGCAGCUGGAGUUUACCUUCCCACUGGUCACCAUGGAGACGUCCAUAUGGCCUGGGAAGAAACCCAGAUGACUACCUGUAUGACCUGUACGCUGUGUGCAACCACCAUGGAAACAUGCACGGAGGUCACUAUACAGCGUACUGUAAGAACUCCAUUGAUGGCCAGUGGUACUGCUUUGAUGACAGUGAGGUUUCACCAGUGGCUGACGAUGACGUGUGUCAGCAGACGGCCUACAUACUGUUCUACCAGCGGAGGACAGUUAUUCCCUCCUGGUCGGCCAACAGCUCUGUUGCUGGUUCCACCAGUUCAUCACUGUGUGACCACUGGAUCAACAGGUUACCUGGCAGUAGGCCUGCUAGCUUGGCCUCUGGAGCCUCAUCCAGACGCACUUCUCUGGCAUCACUGGCUGAGUCGGUAGAGUUUCCAGCAGAACGCAACGAAGAUGACGGAGGAUUCUCUGUCCGACCUUUUGUAAGGAGCAUUCAGCGUCAGAGCUUGUCCUCCAGGUCAUCCAUCGCUAGUCCGUUAGCCCUCAGCGACAGCGGGAUAAAGCCUUCUUGGUCUCUCUCUGCGAAGCUGCACAUGAGAUCCAACUCGCCCUCACGUUUCUCCCUCGACUCUCGAUGUUCUCCUCCUCUGGAGAGGAUCGGAGAGGCCUGUGAUGACAAAGUUUCCACGUCCUGCUUCGGCAGCUACAGUAGACAUGAACGCUACUUUGGCAGCAGGACUCCCCUGUCAAUGAUGGAGAGCAACAUCAGCGACCAGGACAACAAUAAACGGUUCCUAGACGAGAUGUACUGCAGAGCUCCCACUCCAGUGGAAAAGAAGAGCACCAAAAAUGAGGCAACUGAAAACAACAACCAGAUUUCAGCUAUAGACCAAAACAUUCUACCCACCCAAGCUACUCCCUCCAAAGAACAGAAACGGAAAAGCAGUAUCGGAGGAUUUGGCUCGAAGGCAGAAAGCACCGGCUCCACAAAGAAUUCCAGCAAAGUGGAGCAAGAGAAAACCUCGAAAAAACGUUUGUGCUCAACACAUAAGGCCUCCACUGCUGAGACUUCUUCCAGUACACCUGUGAAAGGUAAAAAGGUGAGCAAUACUAAAGAAAAGAGUGUAAAUGCCAAGAAAAGCACCUCUACACCCAGUGGAACUCCCUCUAAAACAAAGGAGGCAACUCAGCCUCUAAAUGCAACACUACAACGCAAGCCAUUCGUCUGCUCCACGCCCCAGUCCUCAGCUUCUCCUUCGCCAACUGCAAAGAAGAAUUCCAACAUCAAUGAGAAAGGCUCCACUUGUAGUCGGAAAAGGCUGGUGGAAAGGAGUUACAGCAGAGAUUCUAUGCAUACUAGUCCUCUGGUCGACAGUCUCCGAGGCAGCUCCGUAGCCCGCACCUCGCUGUCUAAGAGCGGGGAAAGCAACCGGCCUGAGAGGAGAUCCGUGAGGAGCUCCAGCAGCAGCUCUUCUGUCACAAGCCUGCGCUCGCCCAGCGUGUCCACCAGAGACCUGCAGCGCAGCAGCAAAUCUGAAGAAAAAGGGUUGUCUUUCUUCAAGAGCGCCCUCCGACAAAGGGAAAGCCGCCGGUCGGCUGAUUUAGGAAAAAGCACUCUGCUUGCCAAAAAAGCCUCAGAGAGGACAUGCAAGCAGAAUGGACAAGCCAAGGAUAUCACUGGUGAUACUGGAAAGACGGGAGAUGCUGUAUCUUCACAGACAUCUGCAGAGACUGAUGGAGGUGAGACAAAGUCUGAGACAAAGGAGUCUUCCAAGCCCCCCAGCUCUCUCAGUCGCACUCUAUUAAACGUUGGCAAGUCCAAGUCUUCCACUUCUGAAGUAAGUCUCAAGUCUCCCUCUAACGGGAAGAAGCCCCUCGAAAGGCUGGCAUCUUCCCGAAAGCUGACAUCAAGCAUGCAAUCUCCUGCACGUACAACAAAGAGGCCUCAAUGAUAUAUAUCCAUAGCAGUUACAUUGACCUUACAUAAUGCAGCUAUUUUCUUUGUGCCUAAGUUUCAGUGAGCGCCACACGUAUUUGUUUAGAGACACAUUUUUGAUGUUAUGGUUUCUCAUACUGGCAUCAGAUACAUACGCUGGCUUUGAGGUUUGAAUAUUGGCAGCCUGCUUUGAGUAUUUUUAGCUUUACUGGAUAAAAAGUAAAGUACUGUACAUCAUCUGUAUAUUUGGGUGCCAAACAGUUGCUUGAUAUGCUGCCAAUUUUAGCUUUUAAAGCAGCUAGUAUUGUUAUACCUUUUGAGCAUUAGGUAUGGUUUUGAUGCGAGCGAGACAAUCUCUUGACACGUUCAAUGUUUCCUGGCAUGGAGGGUACAUGAGCAUGCCAUAUGCAUUCAGCUGUACAGCACAACCUGUUUGAUUGUGUGUACUGGAUGCUUAUAUGACAGCUGACAGAAUUCCCUGUUGGAAUCUUGAAAUCCAAUUAUCUUAUCCUUCAGACAAGAGGCUUGUUAUAUCUUUGAAAGGCUGCAAACAUUAAGCUUAGUUUACUUGCAAUAUAUCCUGCUGACGAAACGAGAUUUAAAAAGCAGCAGCUCUUGCAUUAAAAGAAAUUAAUGGGGUAAGAAGCAUUUUCACCUUGUAUGCACCGACAGUGCAUCAUUUGUCUUGUAGAAUAACAUUUUUCAGAUUAAGGUGAUAAUAAGAGAGCUGUUGCUGCUUAACCUCACUGCUGUUGUAUAAGCUUUCAAAACUCAACAUUAGUGAGAACAGAUGGGUAACAUCAAAAAUAGUCUCUGGACAAAUACUGAAACUAAGUUGAACCUCACACACACACACACACACAUACAUUCAAAAGAGUUUCAUUCCGAAAAAAUAGUGGCUAAGUGUUCGCAGUAGUUCUCGUUGUUUUGAGCCCAUCAAAUUUUCCAAUGAUGAGUAAAACCUGCAAUCUGUUUUUCAUACACUUUCUCCAAACAUCUCAGACAUUGGUGAAACGGUAGGUAGUCCAAAGCAAAGGAAAAAAUACAUAAGCAAACCACUUUAUGUACUGAUAAGUAAUUUCAUGUUUCAUGUUUUGAGAUUGUUGAGGUUUGAGAUUUAGCUGUAAAGACGAGAAACUUCCAGAUUAUAUGAAUAUAUGAGGAAUAAACAGAUGCGACGGCAGGCCCCCGACCAAAACGUUCAAGGAUUUGGAGAUCAGAAAGAAUUAUAAUCGGUACACACAUUGAGACAAAUUUUCCAAUAUUUUAAAUCUUUAUUUUUGUUGAAUACUAGUACUUUUUCGAUAGAAAUGUAUUUUAUCAAAUACUUAUUGACGUUUUUUUCUCAAAGGGAUGGUGUGUUUUGGAAUGAAACCCUUUAAAAACAAAUUAUAUAAAUGCAUAUAUAUGUGUCUGUACAGAUAUCGACAAAGUAUAUAGGAUAUAGCCCAUUUUUUCUUUUCCAUGAGCAAAAUGAAAAUGAUCUUAAGCGCCUUCUAAUACUGUACAUGGAAACAAGUAAUUGCCUUUGGCAACAUAGUAGUCUACUACUGUAUGCAUCACUGAGUAGGAAUGUUUUAUUGUUCGCACUUUGUAUAGAAAAAGUAGUUUUCAUUUACCCAGAACCAUCAUACACACAAUCAUACACACACACUAACUUAACGAUGUAAUUAUCUAAUUUUUUAAAUAUGUUUUCAUGAUUUCAAGACAUAUCGUAAAGUAGUGUCAAGAGACCUUAGACUUGAAAUGGUAAAAGGGUACAUUCAUCUCAACGUUUCAGGGGUCAUUUUAACGAAUCACCCCUUUACUACACCUGGUGCUGAAACAGACUGAUGCUCUUCUGGCACUGAUAUUUCUUAAACGAGCAUAUUUUCAAAUGCUGAUGUUCAGAACUGUGACCACACACUUCAGUGAGCCAGAAACCUGUUGGCAGCAGUCGUCAUAACCUGUGGUACCUCAUUGGAGAAGACAAUGCCAUUUUUUUUUUCUUCACCAGGCUGAAACAGAGUAUUGAUAAUGAGCCAUUUGAUUAAUGAUACAGCUGCAUUUUUGUUGUCUCUAAGCAGUUGUUCAAGUAGAGAUAUGUAGGCUGGAUUUUCCCAACUAUCAGACACUGCAUGGUUUAUAUAUUUUUUUUGCAGUAAAAUGAUAGAAGCAGAGACUUUAUUAUAUUGUCUCUGCAGCUGCCAUGAUGCUUCCUGGCCUCCUUUUGAACAAUCAGCAUUAUCAUUGUAGGAUUACCCCACAUGCAAUUGCAAUAUUCCUACAUUAGAUACCAGCAUAGUUUAUGUUUUGAAUGAGUGAAUGUGGUUAUGCCAUUAAAAUCCAACCAUUAGUAAGUAGUUCAUACUUUGAAACAUUAACAUUAUCUUUGACUCAUAGAUCUACAGUGUUUCUCUGAACUGUUUCUCUGUAGCAUCUACCAGGUUUACAUUAGUUCUCAGAUGGUUUCAGAGGAAAUAUAACCCCAUUUGACACAAAUGUAUGUUGUUUAAAUGGUCUGUGCAUUGUUUGAGCAAAUCAGAAGCUUUAACGUGCCUCACUUUGGAUUUGUGACAUUGUUCUGGGUCACAACGAGCUGUUCGUAAGUGUCACUAUACAGUGACACUUUUAACCCAAGUUCUUCCCAGCUAUGUUUUAUUUCAACUCAACUGCCAUUAGUUGAGAACAAUAAUCAGGCGAUCGAUACACAUAGCGUGACUUUACAUUUUCACUCUCACAAGCAGCCCAGUCUCUUUAAUAUGACCCUUUUAAUGUCCUAAUUAUAAAAAAGUAAAGUGGCUACUGUUUUCAAACUGCCAUCGACCAUAGAAAUGACAUACUUCUGUUUAAAUGUGGUGGUAUUCCUGUAGCUGCUCUUUUCUACUUAACAUUGUUAUCUAUCAGGAACCUGUGCAUGGCACUUUGGAUCAAAGCAGGACAAUUUUAUGUCACUUUGGCUUUCACCGUCUUGUUUGCCUGUUUUAACAGUCUGUCAUCGAGUUGUAGUGGCUAUAGUGUGCGUUUUAUGCUGGAUCAUGCCAUUACACUCACUUGUUUGUCCCAUCACCUACUCGCUAAAUAAGAACUUUAUUGGAUUACUAAUCCUUUCACGUAGCCAGAACCCAGUGCAUUACGACUUUUGACAUGUCGUUUUUCUGUCAUUGACGUUCAGUGUCAGUCAUUCUGUAUAUUGCUCAAAAUAUUAUAUAUAUACACUACUGGUCAAAAGUUUUAGAACACACCAACUUUUCCAGAAUUUAAUUGAAAAUGAUGCCGUUUAAUGUCUCAGUGUACUCUGAAAUUAAUGCACAUUUGCAACAUUUAAAAUUCUUUAUUGAGCAUGAUAGUGUUUUGAAAGUAAAAAAAAAAGAUUCACAAUCACAUUUUAUGUUGGAAAAGAAUUCAAAAAUGGACAAAAUAGCCCAAGACUCCAUAGAGUUAAGUUGUUAACCCAUUUCUUGUUCCCUGAAAAAGGCCUACUUGUAUAAUUCUGAAAUGUACAUUAUUUUUCAGUUUUGGUUAAGCUUACCUUUUUUUAUUUACCUCUGGCAGUUCACCACUUACCUUUGUACCCUUUCAAGCUGUUCAUUUGACUUGAACUGCUUGAAUUUCAAUAAAAAACUGGAAAAAUUGGGGUGUUCUAAAACUUUUGACCGGUAGUGUAUAUUAAUAGGGGUCCAACUUUUAAUGACGCUAAAGACAUAAUUAUUUUUCUGUACUGAACUUAAAGCUGAAAGCUUCAGCCUGUUCCUUUGUUACCCCACCAUUCUUCAUUCAUCCACAGUCAUUCUGUCUAUAGCUAUCACAUUGCCUAGAUUACCGUUAUGUUUUUUAAACAUGUAAAAUUAAAUGAGACAUGAUGGUUUAUUCUGUAACCUUAUUCAGUAGCAUCUUUGUGGUGUUGUAAAGUCUUAAUUCUGUAGUUUAUUGCAGAGCUGUGAUCAAAAUUAAAUUGCAACAGUGUCAUAUUGGUCCUGUAUUAUGUUACAGGAACCUGCUGUCAGUCCCUUCCAAUCAUUAAAAAAAAACAAACACCUGCUUUCUUAGUUUUUUACAUGUUGUAGUAAAGCAAUAAUCCUCUCAUUCAUCAAUUAGACCAUGAAAGCUGAGGUUUGAAUUACCAAAAAUGUAGUACUGUACUUCAUACGAGAAGUAUAUACCCAAUUAAUCCAAAUGCGUACCUGUUGAAAGAUGUCAAAAAUCGAUGUAAAACACAAGAGAAAAUUGAUUUUCAUCUCUCGCUUUCUUCACUGCAGUUAUUGUCUGUUUUUUAAAAAUUAGUUUUCAAUGUACAGAAUUGAGAAUGAUUAAGGAAUGCAGUAUUGCAUGAAAUCGCUAAUGCAUGUAUGUCAUUAACUAUGCAAGAGUCUGCGUCUCUGUAAAGUAGAAAGCAGAGCAUGGCUGGUAUAUUCAUAUUCCAUUGCUUAAUUUGCACUUCAUUCCAAUAUUUAGAAAUUGUAAAUUACAGAAUAUUUCAUCCGUGCAGUGAAAACUUAAUAUCUAUUUAAUGCCAUCUUUUUUAAACAUUCUCCCACUUAAUGUUUAUAUAUGUAUUUUUGCUCUAACUUUCUGCUGAUCUGUGCUCUCUGGGUGCUCCUACCAAACUGGUAGAUUACGUUUUUUGUUUGUUUGUUGACAAGAUGUUUAAUAUUUGCUGUCGUACACCAGCAGAGACAACACUAUGGAUGCGAUAAUCUUUAUGUGAUUACUUAAUAGCCUCAUGUUAUUGUGAUAAAGGUCUUCCAUUAAUUCAACGGUUUAUGAACCCUGUUAAAAUGUUCUCGGCUGCAUCAGAGAUGUGGCCAGUCUAAUAGAAAGGCAACUGAUAUAAAUAAAUAAAUAAAUAUAUAUAUAGCUAAAUGCAAUAAAGAAAUAUAGUAAAUUUGUAGUUUUAUAAUACAGUGUGUAAUGAACAAUGACAUUAAACUGUAAAUGUUCAGUUAAUACUUUUUCUAAUGUUUAUGCCACGUCAAUCAUUGAAAUCAUAAUGUGAUUUUUUUUAUUUUUUUUAAUUCAAAAUGGGCAGUUAUUCAGCAAACAAUUACUUCCAAACAUGCUUUGAAGCAGCGGCAAUAUUUAUUUUUUUCUGAUAACUGGUGAAGUGAGUAUAAAACAUCAAUCAAUCCAGUUGUUAAAAUGCAUAUAACAGAAGUUAAUUAAGAUUAGAGAAUCCUGCAUUGUUGUGACACGGCUGUUUUGUCACAAAUAGUUCCACUUUUCCAAGAUGAAAGCAUUUAUUAUUGACUUUAUCUGCAACAUUUUUGUGUGAGCAUUUUACCACUGAAUCGAAGUUGCAAUAACCACUGAAACUGACAUCCUACAUUUGAACCACAGACUUCAGACUCUGUGUAUAUUGUAGCACUACAGCAACACAGCUGUGUGCUGCUCUUAAUAUUAAAGUAUCUUACAUGUGAGUUUGGGGUAUAACUGUUUUUGGACUUUAUUUUUGAGCAGAUAGAAGAGGCUUUUGUGGACAUUUUUCAGAUGUAAACACUACAGACAGAUGAUACUAAAACUUCUCAGAAGCCUUAAGCAAAACAAAUUGCAAUUGAUAGUUUGUGUCUUUCUUUGGAUGGUAAAGUAACCACGGAGCUGUGUCAUGAAUGAAUGUCAUGAGUCUCAUUUUAAUGUUUUUUAAGCUUACAAAGAACACUACCGUGCUAAGUGCAAGCACGUCUCCCCUUUGACCUUUUUCUCUUAUUUUUUUAAUGCAUCAUUCAUUAAGCAUUUUUUUAAAAUACAGUGCAUUGCAUCUAUUGAGAUUUUUUCACUUGUUUAUGCUGUUUUACUGUAUUCCUUGUUGUACCAGGUUUGUGAGGCUCUUUUUAAAUAUUUUUAUUUAACAUUAUGGCCUCUGUUCAGGCAUUUGCCUCUUCACUUUUCCUUAAGUACUUUUUUUCUAUUUUUUAAGUGUUUUGACAUUCAGUAGUUCAUUAGAUGGUGUCAAAGUCUUCUAUGUUAAUUUAUUUCUUUUUUGUUAUCAUGUAUGCACUUUUAAUGUUUUUUUAUUUCUCCAAAAGGACAAAUGUGUAUAUACUUUGUUGGUUUACCCAUGCAAGUACAAAAUGAAAAAUCUGAUUAAAAUUUUGAAAGUAAUAGUGGUGUCGA